ACUAGGCUGGGCCCUGUGCGCACGACAUUGGAUACUAUGUUGGUGUGGCGAGAGAGUAUCGACAUUGACAUGAACGUCAAGAGUGAAGAUUGCACGGGGAACUGCAUCUGGUCUUCAUUGGAGGUGUGCAUCACAGCAAAGGACCCGUGCUAUAGGACCACCAAGUGUGCAGAUGUGAAGGAUCUUCUAGGGCGGACGUGCAGUUCUUCCAUGUCUAUCUGUGUUGACUCGUGCGAGGCAUGCAGAGAUUGCCUCAUACAUGCAAAGAAGAUACUUAAUUCUGAAGACCAGAGCAAGGAGGGAAUCAAGAAAACAUGUGAAUCGAUUGGAGUUCCCGCUGAAGACCCAGCUUGCUAUAGGUUUAUGGAGGUGCUGCCGAAGUACAACCUGACAAAAGACGAGAAAGCUUUUUGCCGAGAACUUUCCUGGUGCAAAGGAAGUGAUGGAAGUGGUGUCUUCGGGGGUGAUGUGGUGGAAAAAGCGGGUGCGGGAGGUGGCGGGGGGGGCCUGGUGGUGGGGGUGGAGGAGUCGAUGGUGGUGGAGCAUGCGAGAGAGGAGGUCAGCAAGGGGCAUGUCGGGUUCGUGGGCGAGGGCGGUUGCAAGGUCUUUGUGGCAUACUCGUUUGAUGCGGCAGAUGAACGCACAGUCGGGAAUGACGGUGUGGGGGAGGUGGUGUCGGAGGGAGCGAACGUAUUGGACGAAGCGGUCCGUGGGACCGGUCUGGCGGAGGUGGCAGAAUUGUUCAAGGUUGGAGUGGUUUGCACUGUGGGGGUUGGAGUGGUUUGCGCGGUGGUGACGACCGUGAUGGAGGGGGUGGUCCCUUCGAUCGUGGUGACACGAUCGCAUAAGGACGACACGUUGGCCUUUAUGUCGUCGAGAGAGGCGGUGACGAAGGUUUGGAAGGUGUUGAGUGCGUGGAGGAUGGCAGAGGGGUCGGGGGUGGCGGUGUUUGCUGGUAGUUGUUCGCCUGCGAGGUUGCGGGCGAUGCUAUCGACUGAGUCGGUGCGGAUGUCAGACCUGUUGAUGGAGGAUGCGGCCAUGUCGGGGGAAGAGGGGGUGGAGGACAUGGCGUGAACGGGAGUGGAAGAUGCAGCAGCAGCGGUGGCGGCGGCGACGGCAGCACGUUGGGAGUUCUUGGUUUGGCGUGGUGGCAUGUGGAGGGUGGGGGGGAAAUCCCUUUUUUUUUUUCAAUAAAUUAAAAAAUAAAGAUAAUAGCCAAGAUUUUUCACAAAAAUAAAAAUAAAUAAAUAGAUAAAUAAAAUAAAAUAAACGCUGAACGAAAGA